GCUGAUGUAGCCUUUUCAGACCGCCCCUGCCCAGCCCGUGCCCCGGCGAGAGCCCCUGGGGAUGUACAACGAGAGCAGCCUGCAGGUUGCGAUGGAUUACGUCGGCGACAACGACACGUUGCCUGAGUACCCUCUGCACCUCUUCCCCACGCCUCUCCUCACCGGCGUCACCGUCACCUGCGUGCUCCUCUUCGUGGUCGGGAUCCUGGGCAAUGUGAUGACGAUGCUGGUGGUCUCGAGGUUCCGGGACAUGCGGACCACCACCAACCUGUACCUGUCGAGCAUGGCUUUCUCGGACCUCCUGAUCUUUCUCUGCAUGCCCCUGGACCUCUUCCGCCUCUGGCAGUACCGGCCCUGGAACCUCAGCAACCUCCUGUGCAAGCUCUUCCAGUUUGUCAGCGAGAGCUGCACUUAUUCCACCAUCCUCAACAUCACGGCUCUGAGCGUGGAGAGGUAUUUGGCCGUCUGCUUCCCGCUCUGGGCCAAGGUGGUCAUCACCAAGGGCAAAGUUAAGCUGGUCAUCCUGGUGCUGUGGGCCGUAUCCUUCGCCAGCGCCGGGCCCAUCUUCGUCUUGGUCGGGGUCGAGCACGAGAACGGGACCAACCCGUCGGACACCAACGAGUGCCGGGCCACGGAGUACGCGAUCCAGUCGGGGCUGCUGACCAUCAUGGUGUGGACCUCGAGUGUCUUCUUCUUCCUGCCCGUAUUCUGCCUGACCGUCCUCUACAGCCUCAUCGUGAGGAAGCUCUGGAGGAGGAAGAAGAAGGACAUCGGGCCCAAGACAUCCAUCCGGGACAAGUACAACCGGCAGACGGUGAAAAUGCUAGCGGUGGUGGUCUUUGCUUUCAUCCUUUGCUGGUUGCCUUUCCACCUCGGACGUUACCUGUUUUCCAAAUCCUUUGAGGACGGAUCCUUGGAAAUAGCUGUCAUCAGCCAAUAUUGCAACUUGGUGUCCUUUGUCCUUUUCUACCUAAGUGCCGCCAUCAACCCAAUCCUGUACAACAUCAUGUCCAAGAAAUACCGGAAGGCAGCUUACAGGCUCUUCGGCAUCAAGACACACAGGAAGAAAGGGCUGUUGGGGUUGAAGGAGGGAGGAUCUCGAGUGUGGGCAGAGUCCAGUGUCAGGCAAACAUGACGCCGCCGAUUGGACCCUGCCGUCACCUAAAGCCACAAUAGAAGGGGAAAUAUAUUCAGGUUAAAGGAGCUCCCUGGUAGACCAUCUGCUUUGCAGGUAGAAGGUCCCAAAUUCAACCCCCUUUAUCUCCAGGUAGGGUUGGGAACGUUUCUAGUCUGGAACCCUGGAGAGCUGCUGCCAGUCAGUGUAGACUUUAUGGAGCUACAUGGAACCGAUGACCUGGCUCAGUAGAAGGCAGCUUCCAAUGUCCUUAUCUGCUGAGCUUUCUGUG